GUGAAAAAAUUGAGUUGACUUCGUGUUAUAGUUGUUACAGUUUGUUAUUCAGUUUUUAUCUAACAGUUCUAAAGACUAAAUUCUUAUCUAUCAUAUGAUAUUAAUCGACGAUAAGAAAAUAUUACUGUUAAACGAGAAAACACGAAACCAGAAGACCUUACUGUGAGUCGUGUUUAAGGUCUAUGACCAAAACAAUAGCAGCCUGUGAUAGCUAAUCAUAGCCAAUAAGAAUAUUAUAUUUUUUUUCCUCUUCGAGACAAAUUAGAUAUGCCAGUGGACCGUGUUCGUUCAUUAUGUUUUGAAAUCUGUUGCCUUAUAUAGUAGUAGAAAUGUAUAGAAUGAAGAAAUUAUUAGGUAAUAAUAAAAAAAGAAUUGUUUCGAUGUAAAAAAAAAAAAAAACCGAAUAUGAAUAACUCGUAAAAUUAGGCAGGUCCAUUUUAAACAGAAAAUAGACAAUGUUCUUUUCCCAAAUAGUCAACAAAUAAUCACCAAACGGUUAAUUAAUCCAUGUAUAGAUCUUCAUUUUAAAUCAUUCAAUCGAUUUGUGCAGUAUGAUUCCUGGAGCUGUGUGCAAAGCAUUAACACUUUUAUUUGGUGUAAUGUAUCCAGCAUACGCAUCAUAUAAGACUGUGAAAAACAAAAAUGUGAAAAAUUAUGUUAAAUGGAUGAUGUAUUGGAUAGUUUUUGCAGCAUUCAUUUGUAUUGAAAGUUUAACUGAUAUUUUCCUUGAAUUUUGGUUUCCAUUUUAUUAUGAUAUUAAAUUGCUUGUGUUAUUAUGGAUUUCAUGUCCAUUUACUAAAGGUUCUACAAUUUUAUAUAAACAACUAGUGCAUCCAACUUUGUUGAAAAAAGAAACGGAUAUUGAUGAAUUUUUGGUCAAUGUUAAAUCACGUACUUACAAUGCUCUAGCUUCAACCGCCAAACAAACAUUUCAAAUGACAGCUGCAAUUGUAGCCCAGCACACAGUAGUUGGACGUAUGCCAAUGAUUCUUCAACAAAUGGUUAAAUUAGAUGAUGAAUGUUUACCUCAACAGCCAGCAGCUAUCGUAAGAAAAGUGAAAAAAAAGAAACCUACUACCUUUAUUAUAGAAGAUUCUGUAUCAGAUUCAUCCUCUGAUUCAUUGCCAAUAACAUCUACUAUUGUUGUUGAAGAAGUGCCUAUUCAAAGACCUAAACGUAGUAAAGUGCAAUAUCAACAAAAAUCUAGUAAUAUCAAUAAAUACAAAACAGUAUUUUAAAAUAACCAUACUAUGUUCCAUCACUAAAAUAUCUUGUCAUUUCUCACUAUACCUAAUGAAACUUAAUUAUAUAUCAAAAAUACAUCAUAAUCCAUGACGACAUUGCACUGUUUUUUUUUUCAUUUUCACUUUCACAAGUUUUAAGUUUGUAAUCACUAUAGUUUUUCAUUUUUUUUUUUUUAAAUUAUUAGUUUAGUUUAACACAUUUACAUUUUUAAUGUUGAAUAAGAUAAUGUUUUGAUAUAGUGGAAACCUAUCCUUUUAUAAUUUACUAUAUUCUUGUUAAUUAUAAAUUUACUAAUCUAGUUAUACAGUAUAAUAUUUGACAUAUUAAAUAAUUAAUAAUAUAGAAAGACAAAUAUGAAAGACUAACAAAUGAAAAGGGUAUAUAAUCAAUAAUCAUUUUAUAUUGCUCACACUACAGUUGUUUCCUUAUAUAACGGUGCUACUUAUAAGUUAAUUUAUGAUUAAAAAUAGUCUUUUAGUAUUUUAGGUAAUUUUAUCUCAUUUAUGAAUAUUGAAAAAUAUUUAACUAAUUAAAUUGUUUUUCCAAAGUAUUAUUUGAAAUCUCCUUUAUACCUAGUAUUAUUUUGAAAAUGUGAAAACUAUUGUUUAAGAAUACAUUUUAUAAAAAUUAUUUUUAUUUUUGACAGUAUUAUCUUAAUAAAAUAUGUAUUUUUUUUUUUGUUCUAGUCACAAACACAAUCACAAAAUAAAUAUUAUAUAUAAUUUAUAUUAAGACUUUAAUAUUAUCAUUUAUAUGAGAUAUUUAGUAAUGUUAGACAAAAUCAAGCGUUAUUGUUAUUGUUAUUGAUUUGUAUAUUUUAUUAAUAUAUUCAUAUUUAUUAUGGUGACAAAAUAUAUUAAAUAUAACUUUA